AUGGCUUCCUUCCCCGAGUCAGAUUUCCAGAUCUGCCCGCUGUGCAAGGAGAUGUGCGGCUCGCCGGCUCCCAUCUCGUCCAACUCAUCCACCUCGUCGUCGUCCUCGCAGACGUCCAACUCGUCCGGCGGCGGCGGGGGCUCCUCGUCGUCCUCUUCCUCCUCGUGCGCCCCGUCGAGGCGCCUGCACGUCCUGCCCUGCUUGCACGCCUUCUGCCGCCAGUGCCUGGAGGCGCAGCGCCACCCCAGCGCGGGGGACUCGCUCAAACUGCGCUGCCCCGUCUGCGACCAGAAGGUGGUGAUCUCGGAGCCGUCGGGCAUGGACGCGCUGCCCUCCUCCAACUUCCUCCUCAGCAACCUGCUCGACGUGGUCGUCGUGGCCGCCGCCGCCGAGGACCAGAAGAACAACGGCCGGCCCGGCGGCCCAGGAGGCGGCGGCGGCGGCCCGGGGGGAAGCGGCGGCGGCGGCAGCAACAGCAGCACCAACAACCGGCACCACCACCCGCGCCAGCAGCAGGCGCAGCAGCAGCAUCGCGCCUCGACCGGCGGCUCGUCGCCCGGCUCAGCGGCCGGCUCGGCGUCGUCGGGGGGCGGCGGCGGCGGCUCCUCGCUGCUCCUCCGGCGGCCCCACAGCCGGCAGGGCGAGCCUCGCUGCAGCUCGUGCGACGAAGGCAAUGCCGUCAGCUCGCGCUGCCUCGACUGCCAGGAGCACCUGUGCGACAACUGCGUGCGCGCCCACCAGCGCGUCCGCCUCACCAAGGACCAUUUCAUCGAGCGCUUCGGACCCGGGCCGCCGGGCCCCGCCGCCGCCGCCGCCCAGCUCGCCCUCGGCCAGCCCUACUCCGCCGCGCCCUACAACAUCCUCUCCGUCUUCCCGGACAGGGUCAACUACUGCCAACACCACGAGGACGAGGUGCUGCAUUUCUACUGUGACACUUGUUCUGUGCCCAUCUGUCGGGAAUGCACCAUGGGACGACAUGUGGGUCACAGCUUUAUCUACCUCCAAGAUGCCCUGCAGGACUCCAGGACGCUUACCAUUCAGCUACUAGCAGAUGCUCAACAAGGGCGGCAGGCCAUUCAGCUGAGUAUUGAGCAAGCCCAGGCAGUAGCAGAGCAAGUUGAGAUGAAGGCAAAGAUGGUACAAUCUGAAGUGAAGGCCGUGACCUCUAGACACAAGAAGGCUCUGGAAGAAAGGGAGUGUGAGCUGCUGUGGAAGGUGGAAAAAAUCCGCCAAGUGAAAGCCAAGUCUCUCUACCUGCAAGUAGAAAAGCUACGUCAAAACUUGAAUAAGUUGGACAACACCAUCAGUGCAGUUCAGCAGGUUCUAGAGGAAGGCCGGAACAUGGAUAUCCUCUUGGCUCGAGACCGCAUGCUCGCUCAGGUACAAGAGCUGAAGAACGUCAGAGGUUUCUUGCAACCUCAAGAGGAUGACAGGGUCAUGUUCACUCCUCCGGAUCAAGCGCUGUAUAUGGCCAUCAAAUCUAUGGGGUUUGUCAGCAGUGGGGCCUUCGCUCCUCUGACCAAAGCCACUGGGGAAGGUCUCAAACGUGCACUGCAAGGCAAAGUGGCCUCUUUCACAGUGAUUGGUUAUGACCACGAUGGGGAACCUCGCCUCUCGGGGGGAGACAUGAUCUCGGCUGUGGUAAUGGGGCCUGAUGGAAAUCUUUUUGGAGCAGACAUUGGUGACCAGCAGAAUGGAACCUAUCUGGUCAACUACAGGCCUCAGCUGGAAGGGGAGCACCUAAUAUCUGUCAUGAUGUGCAACCAGCAUAUAGAAAAUAGCCCGUUCAAAGUCAUGGUCAAAUCUGGGCGCAGUUACGUUGGCAUUGGACUGCCAGGGCUUUGCUUUGGUAGUGAGGGAGACAGUGAUGGGAAGCUGUGCCGCCCUUGGGGGGUUAGUGUAGAUAAGGAAGGAUAUAUCAUUGUUGCUGAUCGCAGCAACAACCGCAUACAGGUCUUUAAGCCCUGUGGUGCUUUCCACCACAAGUUCGGCACCUUGGGCUCAAGGCCUGGCCAGUUUGAUCGGCCUGCCGGCGUCGCCUGUGACUCUUCCCGGAGGAUUGUUGUGGCAGACAAAGACAAUCAUCGCAUCCAGAUCUUCACUUUUGAUGGCCAAUUCAUUCUGAAGUUCGGGGAGAAAGGAACCAAGAACGGUCAGUUUAACUAUCCCUGGGAUGUCGCGGUAAACUCAGAAGGCAAAAUCCUGGUGUCUGACACAAGGAAUCAUCGGAUUCAGUUGUUCGGGCCUGACGGAGUGUUUCUGAAUAAAUACGGUUUUGAAGGGGCACUCUGGAAGCACUUUGAUUCCCCGAGGGGUGUAACGUUCAAUCACGAAGGCCAUCUAGUAGUGACGGAUUUCAACAAUCAUCGUCUCUUGGUCAUACAUCCUGACUGUCAGUCAGCGCGCUUCCUUGGGUCUGAAGGCACAAGUAAUGGCCAGUUUCUGCGCCCACAAGGUGUGGCAGUAGAUCAGGAAGGUCGUAUCAUUGUGGCAGAUUCUAGGAACCAUCGUGUGCAGAUAUUUGAGCCGAAUGGUAGUUUUUUAUGCAAAUUUGGCACUCAGGGAAGUGGCUUUGGUCAGAUGGACCGUCCUUCAGGUAUUGCAGUCACCCCAGAUGGCAUGGUUGUUGUGGUUGACUUUGGAAACAAUCGGAUUCUCAUCUUCUAA